AGCUCGGUUCCAGGCUGGGCUGGGCGCGCCUGAAAGGGGGGAGCAGGCAAGCCCAGGGUGACGCCCUGAAACCCGCAGCUUGGGUUCUGACUGUGCCUUCCCGAACCGCCCUAGAGUGCAAGGAGGGAGGGAAAGGAUAGUGCUGGACAGAGAACGACCCAGCCGCAGGAAAGUGUGACCGCGAGCACGCAGCUCGGCCGCCGUCGGCGCGAGCUCGCCGUCGCCAGGGCCACGUGACGCGGCCAAAAUGGCCGCCGACGGGGGCGACGGCUGCCCGGCGGGGCGCGGGCCCGAGCCGGAGCCGGGAGAAGGGUUUGAGAUCGUGGACCGGAGCCAGCUGCCUGGCCCGGCGGACCUGCAGAGUGCGACCAAGCGGCGGGCGGCGGCGGAGGGCUGGUCCGCGCCCAUCCUCACCUUGGCGCGCCGGGCCACAGGCAACCUGUCGGCCAGCUGCGGGGGCGCGCUGCGCGCAGCCGCGGGGCUAGGCGGUGCGGACGGGACGGAGGGCGCUGUGCGCACAGUUUCCAAGUGCCAGAUGAUGGAGGAGCGUACCAACCUGAUGCAUAUGAUGAAACUUAGCAUCAAGGUCUUGCUCCAGUCCGCCCUGAGCCUGGGCCGCAGCCUGGAUGCGGACCACGCCCCCUUGCAGCAGUUCUUCGUGGUGUUGGAGCACUGCCUUAAACACGGGCUGAAAGUCAAGAAGAGUUUUAUUGGCCAAAAUAAAUCUUUCUUUGGUCCUUUGGAGCUGGUGGAGAAGCUUUGCCCAGAAGCAUCAGAUAUAGCCACUAGUGUCAGAAAUCUGCCAGAAUUAAAGACAGCUGUGGGAAGAGGCCGAGCUUGGCUUUAUCUUGCCCUCAUGCAAAAGAAACUGGCAGACUAUCUGAAGGUGCUGAUAGACAAUAAACACAGCUUAAGUGAGUUCUAUGAGCCAGAGGCCCUCAUGAUGGAGGAAGAGGGGACGGUGAUCGUCGGUCUCCUGGUGGGACUCAAUGUUCUUGAUGCCAAUCUUUGCUUAAAAGGAGAAGAUUUGGAUUCUCAGGUUGGAGUGAUCGAUUUUUCCCUCUACCUUAAGGAUGUGCAGGAUCUUGAUGGUGGCAAAGAGCACGAAAGAAUUACUGAUGUCCUUGAUCAAAAAAAUUAUGUGGAAGAACUGAACCGGCACUUAAGCUGCACAGUUGGGGAUCUUCAAACCAAGAUAGAUGGCUUGGAAAAGACCAAUUCGAAGCUUCAAGAAGAGCUUUCAGCUGCAACAGACCGGAUUUGUUCACUUCAAGAAGAGCAGCAGCGCUUACGAGAACAAAAUGAAUUAAUCCGUGAAAGAAGCGAGAAGAGCGUAGAGAUAACAAAACAGGACACAAAAGUUGAGCUGGAGACUUACAGGCAGACUCGGCAGGGUCUGGACGAGAUGUACAGCGAUGUGUGGAAGCAGCUGAAGGAGGAGAAGCGAGUCCGUUUGGAACUAGAGAAAGAACUGGAGUUACAAAUUGGCAUGAAAACCGAAAUGGAAAUUGCAAUGAAGCUGCUGGAAAAGGAUACCCACGAGAAGCAGGACACCCUGGUCGCCCUGCGCCAACAGCUAGAAGAAGUCAAAGCCAUCAAUCUGCAGAUGUUCCACAGAGUUCAGGAUACAGAGAGCAGUUUACAGCAGAAGAAUGAAGCCAUCACAGCUUUUGAAGAAAAUAUCAAUCAAGUUAUGUCCAGCAUGAAACAGAUGGAAGAAAGGUUGCAGUGCUCUGAGCAGGCGCGGCAGGAUGCUGAGGGCCGGGGCCAGCAGCUGCAGCAGGAUCUGGGCCGCAGGACCGAAGCACUGCAGGAGCGGCUUUCCCAGCUGCUCAGCCAGUGCUCAAGUCUAGAGAAAGAGUUGAAAUCAGAAAAGGAGCAAAGACAAGCUCUUCAGCGAGAAUUACAGUGUGAGAAGGACUCCUCCUCCCUCCUCCGAGCAGAGCUGCAACAAAUGGAAGGGUUAAAAAAGGAGCUGCGGGAGCUCCAGGACGAGAAGGCGGAGCUCCGGAAGGUUUGCGAAGAGCAAGAACAAGCCCUCCAGGAAAUGGGGCUGCACCUGAGCCAGUCUAAGCUGAAGAUGGAAGACAUCAAAGAAGUGAAUAAGGCACUGAAGGGCCACACAUGGCUGAAAGACGAUGAAGCCACGUGCUGCAAGCAGUGUGAGAAGGAGUUCUCCAUUUCUCGGAGGAAGCACCACUGCCGGAACUGUGGCCACAUCUUCUGCAGUACCUGCUCCAGCAACGAGCUGGCCCUGCCCUCUUACCCCAAGCCGGUGCGCGUGUGCGACAGCUGCCACACCCUGCUCCUGCAGCGCUGCUCCUCCUCCACUGGCUCCUGAGGCCCCGGAUCCCACCCACGUGGCCACCGGCUCUGGGACAGAGGGCACCAUCCCCUCCAGAGCUGGACGGUAUGAACUCUGGAUCCAGACUUCCUUCGAAUUGGGCUGCAUCACUGGUUGAGGGUCAGGUUAACUUUGUGGUUUUGCUACUGUCAUUUUUCACUUUCCCAAAAACUAAACUAUUUUGUAGCAAUCAUA